AUGCUGUUCGAGAAGACUAUCGCAAUGUUACCGGCGAUUGUGCCGACUCUUAUGUUUCUCCUAUAUAAGGGAUAUCACAGACAAAUCCCAUUCACGACUGAAAAGUUUGAUAAAGAAUACGAUUAUAUCGUCGUGGGCGCGGGCUCUGCGGGAGCGGUUGUGGCCAGUCGUCUGAGUGAAGACCCAAACGUCAAAGUACUGCUACUGGAAGCUGGAGGUCAUGAGGUGUGGCAAAGCGAGAUACCGAUGCUCGCCGCCAGACUUCAGUUGUCUGAAUACGACUGGCAGUACAAGACUGAGCCCCAGAAGUACGCCUGUCAGGGCAUGAAAGAGCAUCGGUCUAAUUGGCCCAGGGGCAAAAUACUGGGCGGAUGUUCGGCCAUCAACUAUAUGCUGUACGUUCGCGGAAACAAACGGGAUUACGACUAUUGGCAAAGUUUAGGUAACUAUGGCUGGGGUUAUGACGACGUGUUUCCCUAUUUCAUUAAAUCGGAGGACAAUCGCGAUCCCGACGUCUUGAAGAACGGAUACCACGGUCACGGCGGGCACCUAACUGUGUCAACAACUCAUUACACGACUCCAAUCGGUGGUGCUUUCCUACAGGCGGCCAAACUGUUUGGUUAUCCCAAUAUUGACAUAAACGGCGCCCGACAGACAGGUUUCGCUGUCCCGCAGGGGAAUAUACGCCGAGGGGCUCGUUGUUCGACCGGAAAGGCCUUCAUUCGUGACGUUCGCGGGCGACACAACUUUCACACCGUUAUCUACGCUCACGUGACCAAAGUCUUGUUCAACGGCCACAAGCGGGCCGUCGCCGUCGAGUUUGACCAUAAGGGUUUGAAACACAUAGUUUACGCACGAAAAGAGAUUAUAUUAUCUGCCGGUGCCGUCAAUUCACCGCAAUUGUUGAUGUUGUCUGGUAUUGGCCCGCGUUAUGACUUAGAAGAGUUUGGCAUUCCUGUCAUUGUGGACGCGCCCGGAGUCGGACAGAACCUUCAGGACCACAUCGGAGUGGGAGGCCUUCAGUUUCAUGUGAACGCUCCCGUGUCUGUUGUGCAGCCCCGGGUCUAUGUCGCCAAAUCAUUCACCCAAUGGAGUACUUUAGGCAUCGGACCCCUAACUAUGUUGGGAGGAUUGGACGGCAUUGGCUUUAUUAACACUAAAUAUGCCAAUCAAAGCGAUGACUGGCCGGACGUUGAGAUCCAUUUCAUCCCUUCGUGCGCCUCCUCUGAUGGCGGAGAGACAAUCCGCGCCGGAAUGAACCUCAAAGACGAACUCUUCCGCAAAGUAUACGAACCGUUUCUAUACGAAGACUCGUACGCCUAUUAUCCAGUCUUAUUGAGACCAAGAAGUGUUGGAUGGAUGAAACUCCGAUCCGCCAAUCCUUACGAUCAGCCAAUACUUCAACCAAACUAUCUGAAGGAUCCGUACGACACGAAAGUAUUGGUCGACUCAUUGAAACUGUCAAUCAAAAUGGCUCUUUCGGGUCCUUUUCAAAAGUUUAAGACCAGGAUUUGGUCGCGAACGUGGUAUGGAUGCGAAAAGUAUAAGCCUUAUAGCGAUGACUACUUGGAGUGUUUGACCCGAUCCUAUACGGCCACGAUCUACCAUCCCGUGGGAACCGCCAAAAUGGGCCCCAAAGGAGAUCCCAUGGCUGUCGUCGACCCGCAACUUAGGGUAUACGGGGUGUCGGGUCUGCGUGUUAUUGACGGCUCAAUUAUGCCACAAAUAGUUUCCGGUAAUACAAACGCUCCCAUUAUUAUGAUUGGUGAAAAGGGGGCCGAUAUUAUCAAAGGGUAUCUCAAAUCGCCGCCCGUAAGGCCCGGCGAAGCGCCGAUACCUCACUAUUUGACUCUUCCGCCCGAAAAACAGAAGGACUACGCCGUCGGACCCAUGAGUCAAAUCGGCAAACUAUUUGGCAAACUCGGCAUCAGUUAA